CAUGACGCUUGGCUGGUGCUAGGCUCUGGCUGUGCGAGUGGAGGGGCAGCAGCCAGACCCACAGGGUGUCUAGACUGACGGUGCAAAGGGACAUUGCAGACGGGAGGGGGCGUGGCCGUGGCCUCUGGCGGCGCUGAUUUGCCGGCGGUGGGCGCGGUCAAAUAGCACCAGACUAUAAAUCGUUGGGGUGGGCGCAGAGACGCGACAGCCCAAACCCGAGGCAGGCGUAGGACGGGGCCCGCGUAGCAGCGCUGAGUUGCGCGUUCUCAGCCCGGCGGAGCUAUGUCUGAUCCAGCUCAGCAAUCUGCUCUUGGGGCCCCAGAAGGGGGUGCUCUUGGUGGGGGUCCCCCUGGGCCUUCCCCCAACUUGACUAGUAACCUUCGGCUGCAGCAGUCCCAGGCCCAGAUGGAGGAGGUGGUGAGCAUAAUGAGUGUGAAUGUGGAGAAAGUGCUGGAUCGAGACAUAAGGCUGACCGAGAUGGAUGGCAAGGCAGAGGCACUUGAGGCUGGUGCCUCAGUGUUUAAAACUAGUGCAGGAAAGCUAAAGAGGAAGUACUGGUGGAAGAACUGUAAGAUGAUGAUCAUGCUUGGAGUGAUCUGUGCCAUUGUGAUGGUGGCGAUUGUACUUUACUUCUGUACUUGAGAACGUGGCCCCUCAGUCUGCAGUCCACCUUCCCCUCUUCCUGUCUCCUUCCUUGCCCAUGCUCCCCGCUCCAUGUGGCUGCCUCAUCUUCAGUUCUUUAACUGGUUUUGUUUGUCUUCUGUGUAAGAUUCUGAAGCAAUUCUCCUGGACCUAGGUUUAACCCCUUCAAAACCUGCUGCAGCCCCAGGGAGGGCCAGCUCAGUUAAGGGGGAAGGGAAGAUGUUGCUCCCAUUCUUAUGUUUGAGGGUUUUUUUUAAAAUCUGAAUUUGAGUGAGGCAUGGCUUAAAUGUCACCUUCAUCACAGCUGUACCUAAAGGGUGUACUUCAGCAAUGUGAGUUUUCUCAAAGCAGUUCUCUGGCUGUGAUGAGCAUAGAGAGCAGGAGGAGGACUCCAAUAUGAAAUUGAUUAGAGUAGUGCCUCAACUCAGAGGAGAGCAUCUGGCCUCAGCCCUUGUGGAGUUUUCCUUUAACUGCUGAAGUCUAAACUAGUUUAUGCUGGUCGCUUAGCCUUCAGCUCCCCACAAAUAGUGACGGGUUGUGCCUUGCUCAUGAUGUGGCAGCUCUCGGCUUUAUAGGAAUGCAAGAGGAAGGGUUGGUGAUCCUUUUGCCUACACUGCAAGGACAACAGCAAUGGUUAUAUCAGGGGCUGGUAUUCCUGUAACUGGUACAGACUUGUCAGGAUGUCACCCUGGUUAGCAACUGGCAUGCCCCUUACUCUGAGGAAGUCCAGGGCAUGGAGGGAACAGGACUGGUAGAGGGAGUGAGGGAAUUCUGGAUUUUUCUUGCUUCAUCAAGCUGUGUGCCUCUUUCUGUUGUGUGAAGGGAGACAUGGGUUGGGGGGGGUCCCAGGUAUGGGGUGUCUCUGUUGCUUAAAUAGUCAGCUUGGCAACUGCAUCCUGUGUGUAUUUCUGGGCAAGUCCCCAUCUUGUGCUUUGUUCUUUCUCCAAGGCUUCAGUCUCUCAAGCAGUUACAAAAAAAUGGUAGUAAAGUAGAGUUCUGCUCUGAGAAAGAGUUCAAGACAUUUUUCCAAAGCUCUGUAUUAGGCAACUCUUGGAUCUCAGCAAAUCUGCCUGGUUCUCAAGAUUAAAACUUUUUCUGUUAAUGCUACAAACUUUUUAGUUUAGACUUUUUGGAGUCCAGACUGAACUCUCUCCAAGGUUUAUCUAGUCCAGCUCUGGGAAGCUGGGGAGUUGAGAGCACAUGAAACUGUAUAACCUUCUGUGGGUAAGUCACUUCUCUUGUGCCUCCAUUUUCCCAUCUGUGAAAAGAGCUACACUGCUCCUCUGAGUCCUUGAAGUGUUGUGGUGAAUUCUGUGGAUGAAAUGAGCUGCACAGUUUGUGUGUAAGUCCCUACAGAACCUCUUGUGAGUAUUUUGUUCUCAAACAGAACCACUGAGGGAAGAGUGUAGGGAGAGGGAGCAAUGCUCCCUGUAUUCUGCACCGAAAGGAAGGCUUCCUCAAUUCAGGGAGCCCUGGCUAUGAAUUAGAAUGCACUGUGAGUAUUUUGUUCUCAAACAGAACCACUGAGGGAAGAGUGUAGGGAGAGGGAGCAAUGCUCCCUGUAUUCUGCACCGAAAGGAAGGCUUCCUCAAUUCAGGGAGCCCUGGCUAUGAAUUAGAAUGCACUGGGACUUGUUAGCAGGGGCCAAUGAUGCUGGGAAGAUGGUUGCCAUCUGUGGGGCUUCAUGAGUGUAAGGUAGAUGGAAUGCUGGUAAAGGAAGAAAAGACUCUGUUGCAAUAGGAUAUUCUGGGAAGGGUAUGGUUUUGCUUGCUCACCUCCAUGAACCAGCAUUUCAUUUACGCUGAGUCCCUGUAAUUGCCCAUCCCUCCCCAUCUUGAGGAAGGCAAAACUGAAGAUCUGGAGUGAAGUGGUCCUUGUUGUCUGAGUGCUUCCCACUAUCCUCUGUCGAAUUGAGCUGUGGAGAUGGAUGGACAGAAGUACAUCUGCCGAAGAGGAGCUAGGGCCUGAUUGUGCUGAUGCCAUAAUUUGGGAGGAGGGCAAGCAAGAUGAUGCAGGGCUUCCAAGCCAGCAGGUAUUGCUCAAACUUUCCUGGACAAGCCCUCCCCCAUCCCUCUUGUUCCUCUGGCGCUGAGGCCUCUGGGCUGUUUCUUCCAUUUAUCUUUCUGUUGGGUUUUUUGUGCCCCUCUUUGUGGUUCAUGUGGGGCAAAAAAUAUUCUCCCAUCCCUGUUGUUCUGAGCCCAAAGCAAGGAACUUCCUUCCCUAUCCAUAUGGCUUCAGUGGGUGUUUCACAUGUGUGGUGUGACUUUUCUCUAUAAACGCAACUGUAACCUUCUCCUUGGGCAUAUAUAGCACCCAGCUAUGUACUUUGAACUCUCUGCUAAUAAACAGUUCUACUCC